UCACUUCGCCUCCACUCAUCCAGGCAGGCUGUGUACAUCAUGCCCCCUUUCGCCCCAACAAUAUGGCCUUAUGCAAGAACCAGAUCACCCCCUAAUCAACUCUCCUUCGUCCUGCAUUUGGGGUUUCUCACAUUUUUCUGUCUCUAUUGGGAUCAGUCUCUCGCUAUUCUUCCACCUUUUACCCAGUUCAUUGUCUCGCCGUGGGCAACAACAUCAUGGCAUCACGCUCCUUUUCCUCCCAGUCUCUCCUGACCGGCUUCCUCCUGACGCUCAUUUCCUCGCCCUUUGCCUCCGCCGACCUCACUCUUGUUUCCAAUCCCCAAACUACAUCUGCCCCCGUCGAAACUGUCUCCCUCAUCGAUGCCAGCGGCAUCCCCAUCACCACUGCCAACGACCCCGCCGACAAUGCCUGGGUCAUCCCCUUGACCGGACCAGCCAGCGCUCCCACCGGCGCUGCCUGGGGCGCGCAAAUCCAAUACAACAACGACCUGGCUGGAGUCCUCCCCGUCGCAUUUGGAACACCCACCACCACCGCCAAACCAACCGCAACAGCGACAGGAAAGGCGACAUCAAAAACAACAGCAACGUUUGUGUCCGCCGGCUCACCCGGCCAAAAGACCGAGACUCUCGAUCUCGAAAUUGCGUUCAGCAACACACUCCUCCUAUCUCAAGACACAAGUCUAAACAUAACCUCCACCACAAACAAAACCAACUCAACAACCAUCCCCUCCCUCCCCGUCGGCCUGAACCUCGGCCUCCGAAACAAAUGGAACGGCUCCGUCGUACUGGGAGGCAACUACGACUCCAACCGCAUCUACGACGAACCACACUGGCAAACCACCCCGGAAACCAGCGCCGGCAACACCAGCUUCAUCGAUACAGGCAUGCUAGAUAUCAGCGCCGUCAUACUCCAAUUGUACACUACCCCCAACGCUACAACCAGUAGCGAAGACGCAGAAUACCCAUUCGGUGGUACUAGCGUGCAGGAAACGAGUAAAUCGCUCCCCGCCAUGCUGGACUUUAAUUCUGAGGUCUUGUCCGUGCCGGAUGAAUCCUGGUGCGCACGGAACAUCUCGAUCGUGUUCAAUCCGGAUAGCGAGUCGUAUCCGAUAUUUGAUAUCCCAGUUUGGGACGAGCUGGUUCCCAAAGAGAGGUGUCAGGUGAGCAGUGGGAAGGUCGUGCUCGGAAGGCCGUUCUUCCAGGCGGCGUAUGUUUAUGUGAAUUCGGCAGGCGAUAUGUAUUUCAGUUCGAUUACUACAGAUGAUGUGGCUGUUGCGACUAAGCCGUUUGAUUUGCAUGUACAGCUUUCAGAAGCGGUUAAUGGCACUGAGAGUUAUGGGGGAGAGAAUGGAACGGCGACGGGGUCGGGAAGUGAUGCGACGGGGACGUCGGGAGCGGGAAGGUUGGGUGUUGAGGGUCUUUUGGGGGUGGUCGUGGGGCUGGGGUUGUUAUUUUUGAUGUGA